AUGGAUGCCUUUGUAGAGCCGGGUGCCGAUGUAUAUGAGGUUUUGAAGGCGUUGCCAGCCGAUCUGAAUGUCAUGUAUAAUAAGUUGCUGCGACAGCAUGCAAAGCGUUCCAAUGUUCCCGAUGAGAUUCAGGUUUUCAUCUUACAAUUCGUCACUCAUGCGACUCGUCCACUUCGUCUUCUAGAAAUUGCCGAAAUCGUGAAAGCAACACUCGUUCCAACUGAACAUCGCAGCCUGAAAGAAACUAAGGACCUAGUGCGAGCUGCCUGCGGUCCGCUACUGGAAGUUCUUCCGGAUGAGACCGUCCCGGUAGUUCACCAUUCGUUCACCGAGUUUCUUAAGGGGUUUACUCGCACAAAUGCAGCCAAUGAUUGUUUCUAUCCGGUUCUCGAGGCCGCACCAACGAAUAAACGUCUUGCUGUUGCUUGUCUGGAUUAUCUAAGGUCUGGUUGUCUUGACAAUCUGGAAAUUAAGAAGCGGGAUUCAACGUCUGAGUUCUUCCGGCCUAAAAAGUCCCGGCAAAGUAAAGUCAGACUGCAGUUUCCAUUCCUGGAAUAUGCUGCUGAAAAUUGGUAUAUUCAUUCCAAUCGUGCCAUUCAGGAUGGUGCAGAUAUGAAAUUCCUUUAUAAUAUUCUCAACACCUUCUUUGCAGACAAACAGAGACUACUCGCUUGGCUGGACAUUGAUUGGCCAACAACCGAAAUCCAUGGACUUACUCCUCUUCAUAUUGCUUCUCGGACUGGCCUCGCUGAAUACGCUGCAUGCUUGCUACAGCAAGGAGAUAUUAAUCCUGAUGUUCGAGAUUCUCAUGGCAAUACCCCUCUGUACUGGGCUGCCACGUCUGGCGAUGCGGGCGUUGCUCGAAUCCUACUUGCUAACGGAGCUGAUCCCGAUGGAGAGGCGCACACGGGACUUAAGCCUCUCCAUGCAGCUGCUAGUAACAAUUGUGUAGAAGUUGUGAAAACCUUGCUUUUUGCCGGUGUUGACCCUCUGACUCCAAAAACAAAGGAGAAUCCCGGACGGUUUUGUGGAAAUGCACCGGUCUCAGUAGGACACACACCGCUUAUGUAUGCAUGCAAUAAUGGCCAUGUCGGUGCGGUAUCAGAGUUACUUCCAUACCUAAAAGACAUCGAAACAUGCCACAAAGCUCUUAACUGGGCAGCAAGCGGGGGGCACGCAACCCUGGUAUUCCGGAUCCUUCAGCAUCCAGGUGUUGACGUGAAUGCCAAGGUUCGCGGAGACACUGCGCUUUUCCGUGCCUGUAAAGAGAGUGACCAGAAUACGAUAGAGGUAUUGCUACGUGCAGGUGCUGACCCGAACAUCAUUUGUUCUUAUUCUGGAGACGAGUUUGCUGGAAUUGGUGGUCAUAAAUGGUCAGGUGACAAUAAAACGGAGCCGAGAGGAUAUGCUGCCCUACAUGCUCUUUGUGGACUUGGUCAUUUACCUCACGGAUCUGUCAUAGCGGAAUGCUUGGGUAUUUUGCUCAAAGCUGGUGCCGAUGUCAACGUGAAAAGUGAAGCGGGCUUUACUGCUUUGGGGUACACCUUCAAUAACAACCUCAAGAUCGUCAAGCUAUUGUUAGAAGCUGGUGGUGGUGGUGGAAUUUCCAUUCAUACAGAUGGCUCGUCAGAUGAUGAGCUACUUCCUCAAAUUAUGGGAACAGGGGUAGUCAAUAUCAACGAAAGACUACAAGAUUCAGGGAAAACACCACUACAUUGUCGAGUUGAGGGUCUUCGCUGUGAAUCCGUACUUAACUUCUUAAGAUACAAGCCUGAUAUCAACACCACCGAUUCUGAUGGCAACGGUCCACUACACAUGGCGAUGCGAAACUGGAAUAUGGAGGGUGAUGUGAUUGAUGCUCUUCUGUCUGCGGGGGCCGACCCAAGUCUACGUAACAAGCAUGGCGAUACUCCUUUGCACGUUACAAUAGGAGAGUGCCAAAAUUUUGCUUCUAAUCUAAUGAAUGCGGGCGCAAAUCUCGAGAGCCAGAACCAUAAAGGUGAGACUCCUCUCUUCAAAUUUAUCUACGCCAGUAAACGAUCUACCCUCAAGGAAAACCUCGAGACUUAUGAGAUUCUUCUUGCCCUGGGAGCCUGCCUUGACACACGCAACUACAAAGGCCAAACCCUCUUGCACAAUUGUGUUACGAUGAAAGGUCGCGUGGGGCGUUUGAUCGGACUUGGUCUUGAUCCUGAUGCCACAGACUACGCGGGAAAUACUCUGUUCCAUAAUAUUGCUGCCAAGGAACCUUCACCAGAUAAGGCUGAAACCAUGAAACACUUGUUCAGCUUGGGUUUGGACAUAGACAAACCAAAUAACACUGGGGAUACAGUGUUACAUGUCGUUUGUAGUAGAAGUUUCACAGAACGUACUAGGCCUAUGGAACAGCAGCCGCUCGAGUACGCCCUUUCAGUUUACAAGAAUAUGAAUCCUCGAGCUUUUCAUGGCGUUCAACCCUUGCAUAUUGCUGCCAGUGUAUCUGAAACAUACGUUCUCCAACUCCUCAAUGCUGGUGUAGAUAUGUUUACAAAAACAGAUGACGGGUCGACAGUGCUCCACAUUGCAGCCCGGACACGCCAACCCAAUGUCGUUGGCCUUGUCCUCUCCAAACUUACGGGUCUAGAUGAGGAAAGGCGCUAUGCCUUUAUCAAUAUGAGAGACAGCUCAGGCAUGACAGCCUUUGACUACGCUUGCAGAUCAGGCUGUCCCGAGAUUGUCCUAACACUCCUCGAAGGCGGCGCAGAUCUCAAUCUGCUAACGGGUAGUAGAUAUUCUCUGUUCGGAGGGCUUGUCUACUUCGAAGCGGAAAAUGAAAAGUGGGACAGAUGUGAUAAAAGGACUAUGGGGCAAGCACUGAAUGCAGCCGGCAUUUUGCUAAAUGACAAAGCGCGUCCAUAUCGCGGUCCAGGAAACAUCCCUAGUAGUUAUACUAGCGGUUCACUGGCUGUGGAACAUGAUACAACUCGACUGGAUGAGAUAUUGAACUUGAUAGUUGCCCAUGGUGGUAUUAGUAAGAAAGCUAGCCUGAACAAUGCUAUGCAUAUCGCGGCAUCGAACCAUUACGAGUAUACAUUCAAACUUCUGGCCCACCUGCGAGAUCGCCUUUUUCCUGAUAUUUCCACCAUCACACCUAACAAUUACUCGACUCAGGACCCAGAUUUUCGCACGUGCAGGUAUCGGUAUUCGGCAACGAAAUGA